AUGUGUUGUGGAGGCUGUGCAGUUGAAGUGUACGGCAGAGUAAACAAGGCGGUCAGGGUGCCAUUAAAAGACAGCACAAAUCUCCUGUUCAAUUACAUGGCAUGUGCCAAGGGCGAUUUUGGUCCCUCCUUUACGGGUUGGGCUCUGCAUUGGAAGCCAUUCAUUCAGCUAGGCUGUGUAUACGUGGCAGUGCAUGCAUCAAUCCAAUGCUGUGUAACUCCAGGCAAUUGCCAAGCCUGGCGAGGCUUUCACCCACUCAAUUCUGACUUUAUGAGAGGACCCCUCAUGCUUUCCUCAUUUCCAUCACCCAACGCCCGUCGAAAUUCGACAGUCUUUGCUUUGCUCAUGGCUGAGCUAGCUUUGGGCGCGAUAGGCGUCGUCCCAGUCGUGGAGUUUGUUUUUAAGUCUUUCAAAGGCCUCUACAAGAACUUGAAAACCUUCAAGAAGUACGACCGGGAAGCAAAGCGAGUUCGAGGAGAGUUGAAGAUCCUAAGGACUGUCUUCUUGCCCACGGCCGACGAUAGCAAUGCUCCGGACAUUGCUGACCAUGCCAGCCGGAGAAGCCUAGGCAAGCUCCAACUGGAUCAAAGGCUACGCAGGGCGCUUGGAGAGAACUACGAUGCCUGCGAAAAAGCUACAGCAGUGAUCCGAGAGGACCUCGAAGAGCUUAGCAGGGAACUUCAGGACGUUACUCUUUUUCGAGCGUCCUGGAGACACAGCACAAAGAUUGCGGAAGAUCUAGGACCGUCUGAAGAGAAACUUGGAGAGCCGAAGAGAUAUGAGUUGUCUGUGGAGGGAAAGACUUGCGAAAGGUAUCUUAUGGAGUGGCGUGGCUUAGUGAGUGUUCAAAGAGCUUCAAGGGCACUGCAUGAAGCGCUUGUCGACGCUUGGAAGUGCGGCCAUGCGGACCACACGAGACACUUAUUCCGUCUCUUCGUCGAAACCAGUCAGGUUGAAGACCAAACCCAGAUGAGGCUCACCAUCAUAUACCUCAACCGCAUACAGGUCGCUCUCGAGUCUAGAUUGGUGCAACUACACGUCCGAUCUUCUAUACUCCAAUUGGACCUCGGCGCUUCGAUGAUACCCUUGAUACCCCCAGACGAGGAGCAUCAAGGGAUGUCGAAGAGACGAAAGAUCGUUCGAUUUGGGGAGCCGACAGUGGCUGAAGGUGAUGCAAGAGACGAUGAGGAAAUCCGAUGUAACAUCAAGUGCCGGCCGCAGUGGAGUCUUGGGGUGGCACUACUGCAGAUCAACCACUGGAGGAAGAUUGAUUUGGGGGAUGUUCUCGCGGUUCGUAGGGCGGCGGGAAGGACGUCUCAGAUCUCUCCCAAGUAUCGGGAGCUAACGCAGUGGUGUCUAGAAUGCGAUUUCGGGCGACGCCGGGGCCAAGAUUUGUCUAGAUCUCCUCUACAUCAGGCAGUGUACAAGGUGGUUCUUGGUGAGCUGGAUCGCCUGCUAUCGCUGAAGGAACAAGAGAUGAGCCCGAUGCAGGUCUCGGACGAGGGUGAUGAGCUGGGUUAUUACAAUGCUUUUGAUGGGUGCACGGUGUAA